CCGGAGUAAUUAAUCCCAUGCCUUGUUGGUCUAGGCUUCAAGGGAAGUUCUCUAGUUAAAGUAUCAUACGAUUGAAAAAAAAAACAUGCCUGUUUUACUUCCAUCAACCAAUUUGUUGAAAUUUUACAUACAACUUUCAAGGGAAUAUAACCAUGCACGUCAUCAAAUAUUUAGUAUUUAUAGAAGAAAUCCCACGCGGUCUGAGAAGCAUCAAAAACUCAUCAAGCCUGUCACCUUCCUUAUAAAAAGCGUAUUUUUGUAGUGUCGAACUCAAAUCCAUUAGUACCUGCUUUAGACGAAUUGGAACUACGAAAAUGGCUACAUUUGCAGCAAAGUUAAUUUUCUAUUUUGCCAUAUUUAUGGGCCUUUCUGUACGAGUGCAAGGGACUCCAGUGAACAAAGUUAUCGUCUCUAGUUACCUCAUGAAAUUGUACAAUAUUUGGACGAAUCAGAGCAACCAGACCACAAAUCAAAAAAAUAUUGCCUUCAAUGCGACAUCCGUUCGUGCUAUGUAUUUCACAUCGAUUCAAAGUAAGAUGUUUUACUGUGAAAGCAAUCGUAUUGAUUGUACAUGAUUGAUAUGUUGCUCCAUUUUGUCAAUUACCUGAUUAGAGAAUAGAGGUGUACGUCGUAUACAGUGGUUAAUAGCGAACUUAAGAUCUACGACGCGGGCGGCUCAACGACGCGCUUGCGAAAGAAAUUGUCAUGCCAGACAAAAACUGUGAAUAAUUUGUGGUCCCAGGGAUAUUCCCAACGGCUUUGCCAUUCUCAGCACAACGUUAAACUAAGCAUUAUCACGUCUUUCAUGCAACGUGAAAGCUUAUUCCGCCCCAAGAGGUAUACUCAAAGUCGAAAUUACAGCAAACAUUGCAUCGCUUUAGUCGAACUUAGCAGUUUGUAAUGUUAUUUGAAAAAGCUUCAAACAUUUAUUACAGCAAUAAAAUUGCUUAGCACUCAUUCGAUCAGCUUGAGCUGAAAUUCAGACCGCGUUGUUGAGCCGGCCGCGUCGUAGAUCUUCAGCUCUCUAAUGUAUGUAUCUUUUACCUCAGUUCCAUUCCUAUACUGACAUGCAAUUUCGCUUCAGUUGUAUACGAGACAUGAGAAGAGUAUGGGUAGGUCGACUCUAUACCAAUUAGAGCAGGCUUUCGUCUGGUAACAAAACAUGGGUUAACAGGGAUACUAGUUGAAAAAUACCGACAAGGAGAACUUCGAUGUUUCGAGCGACGGCCCUUUGUUGGGAAGGUUUCUGGUUUCCAACUGGAGUUGGCGAUCUUAGCGAUGGUUUCAGGCAAGGAUGACCCUUACUGGACCUCAGAAAUGGUUUAUAAACUGAGAUAGCUUCGGUUAAACUGAGUUCUCUUUGAUACUGCACCAGUAAGGAAUGGUCUGAAUAGUUUAGAACUGCUAGAAUUAUCGAGUAUAAAUAAAAUUAGUUUAGUUAAGGUUUCCCAUGCAGUCAAAAUCAAAUUGAAUCAACUGGUAAUGGUUUCAGUCUUUUCAUUUUGGCUUUAGGCUUAGCUUUCGGCAUAUGGAGCUGAUAGAGCUAUGGUUCUAAGUUUUGAAGGAUUUGUAAGUAAUGUUUGAUGGAACUGAGUCACUGUUAAACACGGAGACAGUUCUCUCAAAUAUUUCUUACAAAUCCUUCAAAACUUAGAAUUUACCUAUGCAAAAUUCCUACUGUGAUCACAGAAACUUUGAUAGUGUAUUGUGAACGAGGUUAUGAACGAUCGUCCCGCUAAUUUAUCUUCUACAUUUUCCCAGAAAUGAGCAAUACCUCGACGAAGCUGACAAUAGAUACACAAGGCGGGAAGAAGAAAAUGAUUGUAAAGAGAGAUGAACUUCACCUCUAUAUCAUAAAACCCAGCAACUCUUCACAAGUCCAAACCUUCACCGUCGAAAUUAAAGAUAGUCAGACCAACAGUUUGAUGGCAUCUCAAACAAUAACACUUCAAAGCACAGCCUGGUAUACCAUACCAAUGAAUGGUAAAAUACAAAACUGGUUCAACAGCGUGCAAUCAAAAACGAGCCUGAAUGUCCAGUUUAAGAAUGUAAUUGCAAAUCAGGGGUUCCCAAACAUUGGAACAAGUUUAUUGGAACAGCCUUACUUGAUUGUCUACAUGGAUUUAAAAUAAAGAUGAAGGAUGUUUUAUUUUGAAGUUUUUGUAUUUUAUAUAAACAUUAAUUUGCCAGUGUAAAGUUGUAAUGUAGAAACUUUGAACAAUCGCACGGUAAAGAAUGGUUAGCACUUUUUUCCAUCCAGCAAACCGCCCUAUCGAUUUUGUAACGUCGUUUCUUUUUGGAUUUUUUUAUUAAUUCGGUUAGGGUUGAGGUUAGGGUAGGGGUAGGGUUUGGGUUAGUUACAUAGCCAUUUAACACCUCUUCUAUCUUGCGAAAAUGACGUCAGGUCAGUUUGCUGGAUGGAAAAUAGUGCCAACCGUAAAGAAUUGAAGCUAGUAUAUAGUGGCAUUGACGAAGUCUCGGACAUAACGAGACGAAAGCUCAGCAUAAUAAUUAUACAUGCAUGAUGUACCAACAAGUUUUGUUAAAUUGAGAAAAUUACUAUAUAUUCAAAGAACACAUUUAGGGCGUUGAUUUUGUGGCUGAUUGUGAAGG